AUGUCUCUCCAACACGAGUCUCACCAUCAGGUCCCGUCUUUCCACCGUGGCAGCUUUGUCGACGAGCUGGAGAGCGCUAGAACCGAUCUGACCCACAGGUUGCUCACGGGUGAAUCGCUCGCCGAGUCUCCUUCAACUUCCGCGUCGGCUCCUCCCUUAAGCCCAAGUCACUCCGCUGCCCCCUCUACCCCUCCUUCGGGAGCUGUUUCGCCACCCGAACUUACCACUGCCCGGGAUGGAGACCUGGUUGCAGACAGUUUUGCCUUCGCCUUUGAUAUCGAUGGCGUGCUCAUCCGCGGUGGUCGGCCCAUCCCCGAGGCCAUUGAGGCUAUGAAGGUACUCAACGGCGAGAACGAGUACGGAAUCAAAAUCCCGUACAUCUUCUUGACCAAUGGUGGGGGCAAGUCUGAGGCCGAGCGGUGUGGCGAUCUAUCCCGUCAGCUUGAAAUCAACAUCUCCCCCGCUCAGUUCAUUUGCGGCCACACGCCCAUGUCUGAGAUGGCCACCAAGUAUGGCACUGUGCUCGUCGUUGGUGGUGAGGGGGAAAAGUGCCGCCAGGUCGCCGAGAGCUACGGUUUCACUGAUGUCGUCACACCUGGUGAUAUCAUAAAGAACAAUAGUGCUACGACGCCGUUCCGUAAGCUCACGGCAGAGGAACUCGCCAACUCCAAGGAGCGUGACUUCAGCAAUGUUACUAUUGAAGCUGUCUUUGUCUUCGCCGACUCCCGUGAUUGGGCUGGCGACUUGCAGAUUAUUCUCGAUAUUGCCAUGUCCAAGGGUGGCCGUGUUGGGACCCGAUCGGAGACGUUCGAGGAGGGUCCUCCUAUUUAUUUCUCCCACAGCGACGUUCUAUGGUCCGCGGCCCACGAUGACCCUCGUCUUGGCAUGGGUGCUCUCCGUGGCAUCGUCGAGUAUACCUUCAAGGAAAUUACUAAGGGCAAGACCUUGACGACGCAUGCCUUCGGCAAGCCCCAGAUCGGCACCUUUGAGUUCGCAACCAGGCUCCUUAAGCGCUGGCGCAAGAACGCGCAUAACCUCGACUCUCCUCCCGAGACGGUCUAUUUCGUUGGCGACACCCCCGAGAGUGACAUCCGGGGUACUAAUGAUUUCAAUGCGAAGGCUGAGAACGACUGGUAUAGCAUCCUGGUCGAGACUGGCGUCUACCAGCAAGGCACCAUCCCGACAUAUAAACCCCGUUCCACCGUUACCACAGUGCUGGACGCCGUGAACUUUGGUCUCCGACGCGAGAUGGAGCGUCGUCAACAGAAGAAGCUGUCAGCUACCAACCUCGUGGCGGCUGAUCACGGCAGAACCAACCGCCCCAAGCUCACCAACGUGCCCAGAUGGCUACUGGAUAGCACCGACUGCGCCGUGCUGAGCCCUUCCGAGGAACGGGCUCUUGAACUGGUUGCCCACUAG